UGCAUGGGGUACAGUGCUCAUGUUGUAUGGUGGGAAACCAGCAGGUUUGCCCUUUUAUUAUAUUUGGUCGCAGUUACUGGAAGGCGUCUCGCUUUGGGGCCAUGAGCUGCUUAUUUGGAGAAGAGUAGCCUUUUGUACCUGACUCGACUGGAGGUGGCUGUUUGUGGUGCAGCAACAAAAUGGCCGGCUCGCUUUUACCCAGAGCGGCGGUUAAAGCUUUGGGAAUGAAUAGAAUCCGAAUUCACGUGCUACCAACCAAUCGUGGGAGACUGACCCCUGUGACCAGGCUGCAGGAGUCAUUAGCCUGCUCGUAUUCGCAGCGGCCAUGCUCCCGUCCACGUCUAGAAGGCUUGGAGUACUGCAUCAGGCACAUUCUGGAAGACAAGAACUCUCCGUACAAGCAGUGCAGCUACAUCUCCACCAAGAAUGGCAGGAAGUGUCCCAACGCAGCCCCUAAACCAGACAAAAAAGAUGGUGUUACCUAUUGUACAGAACAUGCUCGCAAAAAUGCACUUGCUGUUCAGGCCCAAAUGAAGAAGGCAUCAUCAGGUCCGUCUCCAGAAAUAUUGCUGGCACAGUUGAGUUGUUACGCUAAAAGCGAUUUGAGCUCUCAGAGUCAAGACUCGGGCCGCAGUGAUGCCAGUAGAAUUCUAGAUGAAGACAGUUGGAGUGAGGACGAAGUUGAACCUGCUACAGUGGACCAGACCUGGCGUGGUGAUCCUGAUAGUGAAGCAGAUAGCAUUGACAGUGACCAUGAAGAUCCCCUGAGGCACGCAGGCGUGUACACGGCGGAGGAGGUGGCAUUAAUCACCAGGGAGAAGCUAAUCCGCCUUCAGUCCUUGUACAUUGACCAGUUCAAACGGCUGCAACACCUCUUAAAAGAGAAAAAACGUAAAUAUCUGCACAGCAGAAAGCUGGAACAUGAGGCAAUAGGCAGCAGUCUCCUUACAGGACCUGAAGGACUCUCUAUUAAGGAGAGAGAAAACUUGAAGAAGCUCAAGGCACUACGUCGCUAUCGGAAGAGGUAUGGUGUUGAAGCUCUCCUGCAUCGGCAGCUGAGAGAGAGAAGAAUGGCUGCCACGGAAGGAGCAUUACAGCAGGCUCACGCUGUACGUUCCAUUCAGAGGUGCAUUGCGUUUACUGGAGGAGUUCGAUGCUCAAAUCAGUGCCUCCCGAUGACCCGCCAUUGUAUUUCUCAUAUUUAUCAGGACAGCAAUCAGGUUCUGUUCAAGAUGUGUCCUGGCAUGAAGGAUAUUCCCUGUGACAGGCCUGUGCACAUGGGCCAGUCUGAGGACCCCCGCUGCCACCUACAUCUGCAGUUACCUCCCCCCAUGUAUAAAGCUGAGCAGGAUCCUUUAGUCCCUGAGCAGCUGGAAUGCGCACCUACAGACCUGUACCUGAGUGCAGCUGAACUACAGCCCACAGAAAGCCUGCCAUUGGAGUUCAGUGAUGACUUGGAUGUGGUUGGUGAUGGUUUGCAAUGCCCACCAUCCCCACUCCUGUUUGACACAGCACUGGCACUUGAGGACCAGUCUAUUCGAGAGAUUGCAGAGGCACCACUCGAUAUAUUAGCUAGUGAGGAGCAUCCGCUACUAGAGACCACAGAUUCCCCGCAGACUGCCAUCCCAGCCUCUGGCCCUCUUGAUGUUCAAAUGGACAUUGGCCAUGCUGAGCUGGUGGCUUCUGAUCCUAGGACAGCUAUUUCAGAGGAGCCUAACUCUGUCUCCUCCACAGCAAAUGGAGCAGUGGGACAAGCAGGGGCGACCUGAGGAGAACGCCGAGAGUAUCUGCGUUUUGGAACUGGUGAUCUACUCGUAAGAGAUGAUGACCAAACUCUCGACAUGGGCCCUGAACUGCCAGUCACCACUUAAUAGGAGAAAAGUCUUUCCUAAAGCAGCUCACUUUCUGUCCAAGACUUCCUGAGGAUCCUACUGUUGUUGCCAAAUGUGGCUUUACUUUUAAGUGGCAGGCUGAUGUAACAGGAGUGUGGCUGCUGGAAGGAAAAGGCAUUGAGGGAUGUUAACUUUCCUGUUGCUGUAAAGCCUCUGUAAUUGCUUUCUGCCAUUGUUCUCUUUAAUUUGUCAUUAACUGUGUUUCCUGGUGUUGAGAAUGUCUCCUACUGUUAUCUGAGGAUAGAUGCAGUUGACUAACAGGAAGUGAGCUUAUGGCCUGGAGCAAACCUGAGGUAGAAGUAAUUAUAGAAGUAAAUUAGCUGCUUUACAAAUCGGGGAACGGAAGAGGCGGAAGUGAGAGGAAUUGGGGGGAGUUAAGCUGUGUUAAAGGGCAAUGUAGUGUGGCAGACAUCUUAGCUGCAAGGGCAGAUGGGAAAUGGGGCCUUUGAGUCAUUAUUUUGCUUUGGGCUGAGCCUCAUCUGUACUUUGUGGCAUUGGAAUUUUAUUUAUCAAUAACACUCAUUUGCUAACCCA